CUUCAGGUGAUCGAUGCACUUCCCACAGCCAUUUCGGGGAGUGUCAGUGCCAGUGUCAAUGCCAUGAAGGUUCAGCCGACGCUGAGAGAAAGAAUCUGGCGAGAGCAGGCUUCUGACGAGUUCGUUUGUGUCAUGGAUGCCAAGGUUCGCGCCGGAGGCAUCGAGGGUUUUCAGCUAGGUACCGAUGGUGCCCUAGAGUUCAGAGGCAGGAUCGUGGUCCCGAAAGUCGAGGCGUUGCGGAAGGAGAUUUUAUCAGAGGCUCAUACCGCACCCUAUCUAGCCCAUCCCGGGAGCACGAAGAUGUAUCAUGACCUGAAAGGGUCGUUCUGGUGGCGAGGAAUGAAGAAAGACGUCGCCGAGUUUGUCAGAAGAUGUUUUACCUGUCAGCAAGUCAAAGCCGAACAUCAGAGUCCGAUCGGCCUCCUGCAACCACUGCCGAUUCCGAGGUGGAAGUGGGAGGAAGUCACGAUGGAUUUCGUUACGGGAUUACCGAGGUCGUCUGAACAUCACGACGCUAUUUGGGUCGUGGUCGACAGAUUGACUAAGGUCGCACAUUUCUUACCCGUUUCGAUGAAGAUGUCUUUGGAUAAGUUGGCGGAGAUAUAUACUCGUGGCGUCAUUCGACUCCACGGAGUUCCCGUUACUAUCAUAUCAGAUAAAGAUCCCAGAUUCGUUAGUCGAUUCUGGCACAGUUUACACGAGGCGAUGGGCACGAAGCUAGAGUUCA